UCUCUCACUAGUCCCAAAGCAUCCACAACCUUCCUCAUUUCCACAAAACCAAACGGUCACAUACUCUUCACACUCAACAAACUAAGCCUUGUGCUGCUACAGAGCCACACGAUGCCCGCUAGUACUACGCCUCCUGAAGUCUCCGGGAUCAAACGGCCGAGACUGAUCCAGAGCAUGCCUGCUGCUUACCCACCGCCAUCCUCUGCCGACCCGCUUCCCUGCCCGCGCUGCAACUCCACCCAGACGAAGUUCUGCUACUACAACAACUACAACCUCGCUCAGCCCCGCCACUUCUGCAAGGGCUGCCGCCGCUACUGGACUCGUGGUGGGGCCCUCCGCAACGUCCCCGUCGGCGGCGGAACUCGCAACAAGAAACCCAGACUCCCUCACCGCGCCUCCUCCUCCAACUCCUCCGGCUCGCCUUCCUCUUCGUCCCUCACCCACGAGACCACCGCACCGAACAAACCCACUUCCGACUCCGCUGUGGAAAAGCCCGAUUUGUCCUCCGACCAACAACAACAACAACUUCUCAACCUGAACGACAACGUUACGAGUGAAGGAGGGUUUUCGUUUCUGACGAUGAUGAACGCUCAGGAACAACCUGGGUUUUUGUCCCUUGGUGGGUAUGGGUACGGGUCGGGGUUUGCCCAUGGGUUCCAGCAAGGUUACGGGUACGGCGCCAGAGCCGCAGGGGUUGAUUUUCCGACGGAGAUGGUCGGUGCUUUUGCUGGUGUCUAUGGUGUUCCUGGGGCUGCUGCUUCUUCCGGGUUUGACGUCAACACGUGGCAGAUGGCGGUUGCUGAUCAUGAAGGUCAAGGUGGUGGAUUGGUUGAUUGGCCGGAGGUUCAGAUUCUCGAUUCCGUGCCAGCUGUCAGUGGUGGUGGUGUCAAGGAAGAAAAGGUGGCAGCUGAUACCCCAACUGACCCUUGUCUUAAUUUCCCUGCGUUCUGAGCUUGGAACCAUAGAGUAAUUAGCCAGCAAAAAUUAAUCGAUCCUUUUGGGUGCUACUGGUUAGUAGAUCAAUUGUGGUUCUUAGUGAGGAAUUUCAGAAGCAAUUUUUGUAUCUGGGCCACUCGAUCUGGUGCCGGGUUAAUACUAUAGAUCAUCACUACAAAUAUGGUACGUAGGUUUAGGUUGCAAAUGGUAGUUGGUUGAGAUGCAUCUGUUCGAUCUGUUUCGAUGAAUCGACAUUUUUGUGUUUCUCGGCCUUGCUUUGCUUGGGGAUAAUAUAGCAAACUGGCUUUGUAAAUCUUUUGGGACUACCUGGCCUAGCAUUUACUCUU